CAUCGUUCCAGCCAUCACUUGCCAGGCUACAUUAUGAAAACGUACAUGUUGGUGGGCGCGGUACUGGCCGCUUCCCUUGCUCAGGUAGCUGAGGCUGGCAUCUGGCAAGAGUUUUCCGGGGCGGGCUGCAGUGGGGCACCCUUCUUCAACGGCGGCACAUGCGGCGGACCCCAACAAUGCGUCACAGUGAGCGGCGCGUCGGUCUCGAUUGCGUCCAGCUUUGGGGUGCCAUGCUCGGUGCCGUUCUUCAACGAUACGACCUGUGGUACCAGCGGGGGCGCCGAGGUUGGAGCCGUUGGCGGCGGCUGUGCGACCUUCUCCGAUUUCCCAGCUGGACCUGCUGGAGUAGGAAGCUUCCGAUUCGGCUGUUCGGUAUGAGCAUAUUUACGGAGUGGCAUCGCGAAGGCACACAGCUCGUGGCCUUAUGAUUCCUGAUGACGACGCCACGAUGUAUCUUCCCGUUUGACAGUGUACUCUGGGGUGUAUGUACUGGUGUUCCUGCCUGAGGAAUAAAAUCG